AUGUGGGCGACUGCUCGUAGGUUGGGCUCUUCCACCUUGCUGUGUGCAAGUCCAGACCUGGGAAAGGUGCUGGCCUGCAUGUCGGCGAGGGUGGAGCGCCCUUGGACCUCCAAGGGAUACCGAUCUGUGGACAGCAGGAGUGGAGGGUAUACUGCUCUCCCAUUAAAGGGUUUCUUCCAUGAGAAAAGCUCACCCAAGGAGCUGGCCAUGAAACAGUGCAUGGCCUUCCGAGCAGGGUUCCUACGGCCCUCAAGAGUAGAGAAAGCUAUACUCACAGGCUCAGGACGGGUCUGGCCCUCAUGA